CAGAGCCGCGAUGGAGAUGACGUCAUGGCCACGCCCCCUCUUCUCAGGACUCAUCCUCACUGACAGUGUUUAAUCACUAAUAUGUCACAGGCGGAUCCAGGGACUUCCCAAUAGCCGGUGUCAUGCGCCGGGGUCAGGGUCGCUGCACAGGUUAGAGCUUCACAAGGAGAUGUCCACUCAAGAACCACAGGAGACCUCCCCCUCCAGAGUGUCCACUGAAUCCUUCGAGAUGGUGGACGCUUCUCAGGCAUAUGAGGCAGUGACUCCACACUGGUUCUACCAUCAAGUACAAGACAACAAGAGUUCCUGGCUCCCCUUCAGCAAGGAAGAUUCUGAUAAACUGGAGCAGGGAUUUAGCUCAGGAGUCAAUCCACAGACUAUAGUGAUCCCAACGCGUGGAGGUAGAUUUGACGUUCAUCUGGGUAGUCGCAAACAGAAGGCGGUGUACUGGGAUGAGAAGGACUCUGAGGUGCAGAGAUGCACUUGGUUUUACAAAGGAGAGGACAAUAAAUAUGUGCCGUAUCCAGAGGACUUCAGCCAAGUUCUGGAGGAUGCAUUUAUGCUGGCAGUAACGCUGAACGAGUGGAAGAAGAGGCUGGAAUCCCCAUUCAGGGACAUUAUUAUUUUGCACAACCCCAAGCUUAUGGUUCAUUAUCAGCCAGUGGGAAGCCCGGAUGAGUGGGGAGCCACACCCAGUGAGCAAGGCCGGCCCCGCACAGUGAAGAGAGGAGUAGAGAAUAUUUCUGUGGAAAUACCUUUAGGCGAGCCAUUGCAGAUUGACCACCUGGUAUUCAUGGUACAUGGCAUUGGUCCGGCCUGUGACCUUCAGUUCAGAAGCAUUGUGCAAUGUGUGACUGAUUUCCACACUGUGUCUCUGAACCUUCUUCCUGCUCAUUUCAAGAAGGCCAUGGACCAAGGGCUAAUUGGCCGGGUAGAGUUCCUCCCUGUAGACUGGCACAGCUCCCUGCAUGCUGAUGCUACCGGAGUAGAUGACGACAUCCAGAGGAUCACCCUGCCCAGUAUCAGCCGGCUCCGUCAUUUCACCAAUGAGACCAUUUUGGAUCUGUUCUUCUACAACAGCCCCACAUACUGUCAGACCAUUGUGGAUACCGUGUGUGGGGAAAUUAACCGGAUUUACGGGAUAUUUCAAGAAAGGAACCCCAAAUUCAAAGGAAGUGUCUCUGUGACUGGCCAUAGCCUUGGAUCUGUCAUUUUGUUUGACAUUCUCACCAACCAAACAGAUUCAUCGCUCAGCAGUCAGGAUAUGACAAAGGACAAGACUACAGCUUCUCGCUCAGAUUCACAAGGAGACACGCCAAGGCUGAGUGAUGUUCUGCAGCAGCUGGAGCUCACAGAAUAUUGCAGUGUGUUUGAGCGAGAGAAGAUUGACAUGGAAGUCCUGGCUUUAUGCUCAGAAAAUGACUUGAAGGAUCUAGAAAUUCCUUUAGGACCAAGGAAAAAAAUCCUUCAAUAUAUAAGGCACAGAGGGUGGCAGAAGGAUUCUACUGGCACCACACAAGCAACGCCCCCUGCAGCAGACUCCAAGCAGCCUUUUCUCACAUCCGGCAGUACCCCCAACGUGGUGAAUUACGAAUAUUUUGAUGUGGGGAUUGGACAGGUGUCGGUCCGGUACCCACAGUUGAGCUUUCACCCCGAAGUCUUCUUUGCUUGGGGGUCACCUGUUGGCAUGUACUUGACAGUGCGAGGUCUGAAGAGGAUUGAUCCCAAAUACCACUUUCCAACCUGCAAACGGUUCUUCAACAUCUAUCACCCAUUUGACCCGGUGGCUUAUCGGAUUGAGCCAAUCGUACUCAGAGAGCAGGAGUUUGAUCCCAUUCUCAUACCUCACCAUAAGGGCAGGAAGAGGAUGCAUUUAGAACUGAAAGAAGGUCUCACACGAAUGGGCACAGACAUCCUUGGCUCACUGAAGAUAGCAUGGCAGACCUUCACACGACCCCCUAUACCUUCAUUACCACCUCCUACUGCUGAGGCUGCUGCAGUGCCUCACACAAACCUUUCUGCAGAGGCUGAAGUUAUGAAAACAGAGGAACCCCCUGCUCUUGUAAAGGAGGACCCCAUGCAGAUCUCAGUGGGAAUGCUAAAUGGGGGGCAGCGCUUUGAUUAUGUUCUCCAGGAGAAACCAAUUGAGAGUUUCAACGAGUAUCUGUUUGCCCUUCAGAGCCACGUCUGUUACUGGACAUCUGAAGACACUGCACUGCUGCUCCUGAAGGAAAUCUAUCAGACUAUGGGAAUCAGCAUGGAUCAGUCUCUACUAUAAGAACUGGCUUAGGCGGUGCUAUAAAAAGGGGGUGAAGAAACAAACUGUUCAGUAAGUGACUGUCACCCCUUCAUUUCUCCUGCAGACUGCCGGGAGUCUAUAUAGACAUCUAGACAAUGGGGUUGGACCAGCACUACCUGUUUUUUUCUUACAGAUUCACUAUCAUGUCCCUUGGUCUCUCCUCGGUGUAAUGCUUCACCCUGCAGCCAGAGGGCGCUCAUCCUGAGCACAAGGAGAGCAUAUGGGUGAGAGUAUACGGGUCCUGAUGUAGCACCUCCCAUCCAGUGUUUGCCUGUAUAUUUAUCGCUCUCCCGGAUCGGGUUCCCCCUGCCUUAUGUAACAGAUUUAGUACCAGAGCUGCAAAAUGAUCUGUAUUUCAUUGAGAAUAUUUAUAAACCCAUUCUAUGAUUCACUCACACCUUACAGGGUAUAACCUCCUCUGUGUUUAUUUUAAUAUUGGUGAUCCUUUAUUUUAACUCUUCCGUGUCUAGCAAAGGCUGCUGGGAGUUGUAUUUCAGUAAUAUCUAGAGCACCCCUCUGUGGGGCAAACCAACAAAAGCGCAGUGGGGGUCAGCUUUUCCGUGUUGUACUGCACAGCUGUAAGUGUGGCCUAUUUAUUAAAGAUUAUAUUUAAAAUA